AUGACCGGAAGUCAACUCAAUCCAGUUACAAAGCACAGAGAAUUCUUUGGUGUGCCGGGGGCAUUAGGAAUGGUCCUUGUGUUGCCGAUGGUAAUACCAUUGCUAUAUUUCGUUACCAACGAAAAUUAUUGUAUUCACGGAGUUAGCUUGGACAUUGAAGCUAUAAAGAAACAAAUUCCAAGCACUUGGACACAGCUUCUGAACAUUUGCUUCCACAAGCAAAGUUGGUUAUUUUAUCUUUCGUGGUUCUCAGCAAUUACGACUCUUGAUUUGAUUUUGCCAGGAAAAAGAAUGAAUGGUACUCAAUUGCGUGAUGGCACAUAUUUGACCUAUAACAUCAACGGAGGAGCUGUUUCGAGUACAGUUGUCGCCAUAAUAGCUGCUAGGGUUGUCCUGGCGAAAAACUACUAUGUUCCCGAGUUGCAGUUUGUCUAUGAUCAUCAUUUGCAUUUGAUUGCUGUGUCGAUUAUCUUUUCGUUUGCCAUGGCGAUAUUUGUCUACGCUGGCUCAUUUGUUCCUCUAACUCACGAGAACGGGCUUGGAACUCGAGAGCGGAUCUUGUCCAUUAAUGGCAAUUCUGGAAACCCCAUCUACGAUUUUUUCAUUGGGCGAGAACUCAAUCCUCGAAUUGGCGCUUGGGACAUCAAAUUGUUCUGUGAGUUGCGCCCAGGAUUGCUUCUCUGGAUCGUGAUAGACCUUGCUUGUAUCCACCACCAAUACCACCAAUAUGGAGUGGUUACAGAUUCUAUACUUCUCGUUUCAGCCUUGCAAGCCAUCUAUGUCAUUGACUGCUCGUUCUACGAAGAAGGGUCUCUCACCAUGCUCGAUAUUACCACCGAUGGUUUUGGUUUCAUGCUCAGUUUCGGCGACUUGGCUUGGUUGCCAUGGACGUAUUCGCUCCAGGCUCGGUUCUUGUCGCUUCCUCAAAACCAUGUCCAUUUGGGCUGGUUGAAUCUGAUGCUAAUAGUUGCCUUGAGUGGUUUUGGUUUCUACGUUUAUAAUGCUUCCAACAACCAAAAGUCAGAAUUUAGGCAGGGAAGAUUGGAGAACAUGGAAUAUAUCAAGACCAAGACUGGAACCAAAUUACUCUGCGACGGUUGGUGGUCUAAGGCUCAACAUAUCAACUACCUUGGUGACUGGUUGAUAGCAUGGGCUUGGUGCUUUACAACAGGAUUCAGAUCGCCUAUCUCAUAUUACUAUGUGGUAUUCGUAGGAGGACUUUUGAUCCACAGGCAAAUGAGAGACGAUGUCAAAUGCUCCGCCAAGUACGGUGAACAAUGGGCAGAGUAUAAGCGGAGGGUGCCGUAUAAGAUUAUUCCUUAUGUGUAUUAA